AAAAAAACAAAAAAACAAAAAUUUUAAAAAAAUAAUUGAAUAAGAAAAAAAACCCCAUUUUUCUUUUACUUCAUACAAAUUCUUCUUUCAUACAAAUCUUCUUCUUUUGUUUAACUGGUUUAAACAAACAAAUUCAAGAAAAAAAAAACACUUCUUUUACUUUACAUUUUAUCAAAUCACAAAAAAAAAAACAAAAUGAUGAACUCAAGAUUUAUCGUAUUUUCCGCUUUCUUGUUAGUUUUGAUUUCCAUGAUUCUUUCAGUUUCUGCCGCUCCCGUACCUCGUUCAGAUCUCAUUGCACGUGCUAAAGAAGCUGAUAUUAAUGACCAAGAUGUUUUAUUAACAGAUGCUAUCCCCGUUACUUCUAAUGGUGGUGAUUUAAAACCUUAUAAUAAAGAUGAUGAAGUAGAUCAAAAAGUUGUAGAUGAUGGUAACGAAUCUCAAGGGGAUGGUAAAGGACUCAAAAUUUAACGGUUAUCCCUUAAUAAUUUAAACUACAUAUAAAUUAAUUUAAUAAUUUAUCUUGUUGGAAACUGCGUUUCACUUUUUUUCUUUUACUUUUUUUUUUUUUUACUCUAUUAAAAUGUUUAUAAAUGUAUCUUUUACACAUCAUUUGUAAUUUAUUUAUUGUAUAUUUUGAUUAUAUAUAUUCGAUCGUUUUUUUUUUCUUAAUAAAAGAUUUUAGAAUUUGAAUUAU